AUGUCAGAGAAGUUCACUGCUUUGGUUAAACAUGACAUAUGGGAGCUUGUUCCACUACGCUCCACCAACAAACCCGUUGGUUGCAAAUGGGUUUUCCGAAUAAAACGAAAUCCUGAUGGUAGUAUUUCUCGUUAUAAAACAAGGUUAGUGGUCAAAGGUUUUCAUCAAAGUCAUGGUUUUGAUUAUGAUAAGACGUUCAGCCCUGUUGUGAACCUGGUGACUAUUCAAGUUGUCCUCUCCAUUGCUGUUCAAAAAAUUGGCCACUUCGACAGUUGGAAGUUAAUAAUCCAUUUUUGCAUGGCCGACUUCAAGAGGAUGUUUUCAUGGUUCAACAUUCAGGGGUGGUUUGAUCCUAAUUUGUCUUCUCAUUUGUGUAGCCGCGACCCGCGAGGGCUCUCCACGUUCCGCCUGCAAACGCAGCCUCACCGCCGCCAUCGAGGCCAGCCCGGCCACUGCGCCGCCGGCCAAGACCAGAUCACCGCCGUGCGGCCAUUGUCCGCCCACUGCCGGCCUGAUCUCUCCUCUCUCAUUCGAGAAGUCCUAACCGCCUGCAAGCCUAUCGCCGCCGUUGCGCCGUGA